AAAGCUGUCAGUAAAUCUGUCUCUGUGUGACACUGUGGUACAGUACUGGUGGGGACAGGUCUGUCACUGUAUAACACUGGGGUACCGUGCUAAUGUACACAGUUGCUGCCUACUGUUAUCUUGGUCCAGCUACCAUGUCAACGUUAUCCAAUUAUGCACGGCGUAUGAUGCGCCUGAGCUCGCAGAUAUUUCAGGAGGUUGUGCGGCCUACUGAUGAGCGUUCGAUGAAGGUGGUGAAACUGUUCAGCGAGCAGCCCCUGGCACUGCAAAAGCAAGUCUAUGACUGGUACCCUCAGCACAACCAGUACUAUGCACUCAUGAAGAAACUACGAUUGUUCGGUUUGUACAGGGAUGAGCAUGAGGAUUUCAAAGAGGAAAUGAGGCGACUCAGGAAGUUGAGAGGCAAAGGGAAGCCGAAGAAAGGAGAGGGCAAGCGAGCUCUGAAGAAGAAAUAGAGGUGGAUUGGAUCUGGCUGCAGACUCACUCUCUGACUGGUCAGCUACAGCUGGCGAUCUCUCCCUCAGCUGCCCCUUUUUUUCUGAGUACUUUUAUUUUUAAAUAAAUGUGAGCGUGUCUUUGUGUUUCUGCCCUUCCACCUUUCCCUUUCCUCUCUCCUCACAUCACUUGAGCUGUUCUAAAGUUCUGUAUCAAACCUUGGCUUCAGGGGAGCAAGUCAAGCCAAGCUACUCAAUCACUCUCUCUCCCCAGUCCCUGAUGAUUAGUUGGGUGCAGGUAUUAACCCAUAGAGUGUGGAUCCAGCUAGCUAAUGUGCCAGGUUCCCUGAUGUGCCCCCAGUAAACUUGGCUUCAUUUGCGAUACCAUGACUGGGGCAGUCUCGCCUUGGGACUGGGAUGUGCACAAAUCGUUUAGAGGUCAUUCCCUUGAUUACUAACCAGUGACCAGUAUUGGAUAGGGACAGAAUUGGCAGGAGCUCUAAUGCCUGCCUGUUAUCGAAUUGUCUACCAGUGUUGACUGUCCCUACUCCCUUGGUGCUGAGUGAUUAUUAAGAUGAGGCAGUGGAUGGAUGGCAAAGCCUGUGAAAGCAAACCCACUGGGACUGUUUUGGGAGAGGUGAAAGGAAACUGAAACAGGCAGCUCGAAGCCUGUGCUGAAAGCAGCUGAUGAUCACUGUGUCUGCCUGAGGUGUGGAGUGCAGUGGUAACAAAAAUGAAAGCUGUGUUUUGUUUCCUGAGAACGAACUGCACCACGGCCAUUUCAACUCUGAUCUAGUUCACCCGCUGAGCAUAAAACAAAAUGUGUUCCUCUUUCCCAGUUACCAGUCUCUGUGCUUUCUCCUCUUUCUCGCAAGCUCUUUCUCACCCUCUCUCCAUUUUUUCCUAUUAAUUAAGCAUAUCUCAUUAAUUAUGCCAUGAUAUGCUAAUAGGAAAAGUGGAAGUGACCAACCCCAAGAGCUGGAACAAGGUUUGAGCCCUCCCCUGUGGUGUAACUAAGGACUACACUCCAACCAAUUGAGCUGACCUCAAUGCAGGUCAUUAGAUAGUAGCCCAUGUUCCCCUUCAGAGUCAAGUGCCUGAGAGAAAGGGGUAUUCUGCAGUCAUUUGUGAACUAGUUUCAUUCCUCCUGUGAACCAAUAAUUGGGUUGAAUUGGAAGGUUUAACUACCUCAAGUCGUUGAAUGUUAGGACUGCAUGUGUGGCCUGCGCUUGGUGGUGGUUUGUAACCACCAUCCAGAGAUGUCAGUGGAGUUAAUUGAUGAACUCUGACCCAUUGUGACUAUAGCAGUGACCUGACCUGAAUUGAUGGCUGCCGUCAGUACAAAUGUAUUGUAAUAAAUACUGCACUGUAAUAAA